GCUGGUUGCAGGGCGAGACAAGCGGCCCCUUCGCGUUGCGCAGGGACUGAGCAGGGGUGGCCGUGUCAGGCCGGGCAGAGAAAGCGAGAGCGCGGCUCCCGGAGGCGGUGUGUGCCCGGCUGUCACCAUGAGUGAUCAGGCUUGGAGCUUUCUGAAGGACUUCUUGGCUGGCGGCGUUGCCGCUGCCAUCUCCAAGACCGCGGUCGCCCCCAUCGAGAGGGUCAAACUGCUGCUGCAGGUCCAGCAUGCCAGCAAACAGAUCAGUGCUGAAAAGCAGUACAAAGGGAUCAUUGAUUGCGUGGUGAGAAUCCCCAAGGAGCAGGGCUUUCUCUCCUUCUGGAGGGGUAACCUGGCCAACGUGAUCCGUUACUUUCCCACCCAAGCUCUCAACUUCGCCUUCAAGGACAAAUACAAGCAGAUCUUCCUGGGGGGCGUGGACCGGCAUAAGCAGUUCUGGCGCUACUUUGCUGGUAACCUGGCUUCCGGUGGGGCAGCUGGGGCCACCUCCCUCUGCUUUGUCUACCCGCUGGACUUUGCUAGGACCAGGCUGGCUGCCGAUGUGGGCAAGGGUGCCGCCCAGCGUGAGUUCACUGGCCUGGGCAACUGUCUCGCCAAGAUCUUCAAGUCCGAUGGCCUGCGGGGUCUCUACCAGGGUUUCAACGUCUCUGUCCAGGGCAUCAUUAUCUACAGAGCCGCCUACUUUGGAGUCUAUGAUACUGCCAAGGGGAUGCUGCCCGACCCCAAGAAUGUGCACAUUAUCGUGAGCUGGAUGAUUGCCCAGACCGUGACGGCGGUGGCAGGGCUGGUGUCCUACCCCUUUGACACUGUCCGCCGUAGGAUGAUGAUGCAGUCUGGCCGGAAAGGGGCGGAUAUUAUGUACACUGGGACAGUGGACUGCUGGAGGAAGAUAGCAAAAGAUGAAGGACCCAAGGCUUUCUUCAAAGGUGCCUGGUCAAACGUAUUGAGAGGCAUGGGCGGUGCUUUUGUAUUGGUAUUGUAUGAUGAGAUCAAAAAGUAUGUCUAAUGUAAUUAAAACUCAAGUUUCUUGGUUCCAGA